GCAGCAGAGAGCCUCAGUGUUGUGGAAAAUGUCACGUGACCGUUUGGGCCUAAAGGACUGGACAUGAGUGUGUUGACAAAAAAUGUCUCACGCUCUGCCUUCCCAUCCCUCCCGUCAUCGCUCUCUCCACUCAUUUAAACCACCGGUCUUCCUAUUUUUGGCUCCUGCAGCCCGGCAUCAGCCGACCGGUCUGUCUCACCCGGAUUACUCAACAUCGGGUUAUUUCAGUCAUGGCCUUGAGUCCUGGAUCCUCGAGUCGUGGCAGCCUGAACCCUAAGGGGCUUGUGAGAGAGAUUGAGAUCAACGUGCUGGAGUGCAAAGUCUGCUUCGAGAAGUUCAGCACUCAGCGCAAACCACAGAACCUUUCCUGCGGCCAUGUCCUCUGCCUGGAAUGCAUCAGGACUCUGUCCCACCCUCUCCUGAGGAAGCUGGAGUGCCCGUUCUGUCGUCAGCUGUGCAGUGUUGACAGCACCUCCCACUGCCAGGCUCUCAGCGACCUGCAGGAGCUGCUGUUGAACCGGACUCCCCCGUCCUCUACUCCUCCUCACGGGGAAAACGCAGGCCUCGGCCCGGCCCCGAGUCUGACAUCCACCGCUCUGCACCUCUGCACAGCCUUCGGAGGCUGGGGGACUCUCAUCAACCCCACUGGCAUCGCUGCCUUGGGGUCGUCGGGAACGCUGGUGGUGGUGCACGAUGGAGACGAGAGGGUGGCGGUGUUCAGUCCACAGGGCAGGAAGCUGCAGUCUUUUGGGAGGAGGGGACAAGGCAGCGGGGAGAUUUGUUUCCCCGUGGACGUGGCGGUGACUCGCUGUGGUCACGUGGCGGUCACCGAUGCCGGGGACAAAGCCGUGAAGGUUUUCACCUCCAGGGGCAGCCAUGUUUUGACAGUCACAGAUCCCCUCCGGAUGCCCUGGGGUGUGGACGCAAACAGGCGGGGGCACAUCCUGGUCUCAGACAUCCAGGUCGGCACGCUGACCGAGGUAAAGUUGGACUGCGCGCACGGUCUCGCUCUCGAGCAUCGCACAGUCGUUACAGACCUGCAGCGUCCAAAGGCGGUGGCCUGCUGUCACGUGACUGGGAGCACGGCAGUGAUGGAGCAUUUACCCGGCGAGACACAUUCCCCGGGGAGGCAGCAGCUCACGAGGCUCAGAGUGUUUACAGAAGACUUCCACCUCCUUUACCAGCUUGACAGUUUCAGCCUCAGCCUGCUGAACUCAGUGAGGAUCAACAUGUCAGGCGUGGCCUUUGACACAGAUGGAGACGUGAUCGUGAGCGACUCCAGUCAGGGGAUGAUUUGGAGUUUGAGGAAGCGCCAGAAUGGUCCUGCCCUGACGCCGCUCGUGGGAGACCACCUCAUCCACCCAGUUGGACUUGUGUCACUGAACAACAGCAUCGUGAUUCUGGACAGUGGAGACCAUACGGUGAAGGUGUAUUCGGCUAAAGCGGAUGCUGGGCCCGGGAUGUAGCUCACUCAUGAUGAACCCAUGUGAAAUGUAGCUUAUCAGAAAAUAUCCAUAAAUGAUGAUGUGAUAUUUCAGUAAAUAUUAAGUCAAAUUUUACAUUGAUAUAAAACAUGUGAAUACUAUAUAAGCGGUAUGCUUUGUUUUGCAUUUUAAAUGUGUUUACAUUUUGACAAUUAUUUAAUGUUUGAAUUAAGGGUUCAACAUAUUUGUAUAAAACAUAAUGUUUGCUAUUUUCCCGUGGAAAACUGAAUAUUUUAACCUUUUUGAGCCUAACCCUUUGUUAAGAAAAAUCCCUCUUGGUAGAAUCACUCAUGUAAACCUGUGAUGAGGGGUUGAAGAAAAAAAGUUAUUUUUAACAGGGUCACAAUUAAAAAAUAGGAAACUACUGUUUGCUGCACACAUUUAUACAUCUUUAAUUAAU